AUGUUGGUCGGACAAUUCUCUGGCUUAUAUGAUGCAAGUUCAGUAUGUACCAUGGCAAAACUUUCUGGAAAUCCCCCUUUUCAGCUUAUGUGUGCACGCACCUUCCUUUUUGUAGAUUGCACAAUUUUGCUGCAAUCAGAAAUUGUAGUCGAUAAUAGCCCCUCCAAGAGUGUAAAUACCAAAGAGCAGAUUAUUUCUAUUACAGCUGAGAAAACAAGUGCUACUGAUGCGCGUGGCUCUACCUCCUUAAAGUCACCAGAAGGUGCACAUGAGAAGGCUAAUUUUUUGGGAAAAGGUGGAGAACAGCCUUAUGUCUACCAGCCCAAUGUGAAUGUACCACAGCCACAGACAGUCUAUUCUGGAGGAUACAUCAAUCCUUCAGGGCAAUGGGAAGAGUAUCCCUAUUAUGUGAGUAUGGAAGGACUCCAUUCUGCGUCACCUUCAAUCAUGCUAUCUCCUGGGUAUGCGAACAACCCCCAAAUGAUGUAUGGAGCUUAUUCUCCUGUUUCAACUGUUGGAGAGGGCCAGUCCUAUUCCCCUAUGCACUUCCCCUUCUCAAGUCCUUACUAUCAGCCACCGGCUUCUCUUAGUAUGGGAUACUCAAAUUCUAGUACUGGAAUGUCUCAAGGAGACCCUAUGCUUCAGCAAGAGUACUUCCUUCCUGAUGGUCUUCUCUAUUCACCCACAACAGUGUACCACCAACCAUUUGAGUCAUACAACAGAGCGGCAACACAACCAAGCAGUGCUCCGGGAUUAUUUGGGCAAGGGAAUGCACCAUUGGUUUCUGGAAUGCAUGGAUCAAUGUAUAAUUCUGGAUCCUACAAGGCACGCCAACAAGCUAGUAAAUAUGGAGGCACUACUCCUAAUUGGGGUUCUGCUGGUCGUAGAUUUAAUAAUUUCGACUACAACUCCAGUCAACAAAGGGGGAGCAUGCCAUUCAAUAUCCAGAAUGGUGCAUUGGAGUUUCUGAAUGAGCAAAACCGUGGCCCACGUGCUGCAAAACCAAAGAAACAAGACAGAGACAAUUCUUUAGUAGAUGACAAAAGCGAGAAAACCACUCAACUUAUUGACAGUGAACUGUACAAUUGUCCUGAUUUUGCCACGGAGUACAAGGAUGCGAUUUUUUUUGUAAUUAAAUCAUACACGGAGGACCAUGUACAUAGGAGCAUUAAGUACAAUGUUUGGGCCAGCACAGCUAGUGGCAAUAGAAAGCUGGAUUCAGCUUAUCGUGCGGCCAAACAGAAAGAAGACCAUUGCCGUGUUUUCUUGUUCUUCUCGGUUAAUGGCAGUGGUCAGUUCUGUGGUGUUGCUGAGAUGAUUGGACCUGUUGACUUCGACAGAAGUGUUGAUUACUGGCAGCAAGACAAGUGGAGUGGCCAGUUUCCUGUGAAGUGGCACAUUAUUAAGGAUGUCCCAAACACCCUACUCCGGCACAUCACUCUUGAGAAUAAUGACAACAAACCUGUAACAAAUAGCAGGGACACCCAGGAGGUCAAGCUAGAGUAUGGUCUCCAGAUGCUAAGCAUAUUCAAGAAUCAUGAGGCUGAGACAAGCAUUGUGGAGGACUUCGACUUCUAUGAGCAACGGGAGAAAGCCUUGAAGGAAAAUAGACGUCAGCAGCAGCCUGGCAGCGCAGAGUCCCUGAAGCCAACAGACGCUAAGGCUGUAGGGAACUCUGUUACUCAUAUCGCGGACUCAUUUUCUCGGAGUGUCCAGCUGAAAGAAAUUGAGAAAAGUGAUAACAAACUGACAGCUGAUGGUGCCAUCUCAGUGAAUGAUGCACAGACAGCUACCGUCAAGGCCGAAGAAAGCAACACAAACAAAACUAAAGGUCCUGUGGAGGAGAGCAGUUGA